UUGAAAGUUUACCGGAAGCAAUGACAAACAAGAAGGAAGCCACGGGUCGUUUUGUAUUGUGAAGUCUAUUAGUAAUAUAUUUGUAAAGGGACUACUUGCAUGGAAGUUCCAUGAGGGGCCCCACGCUUUGGGUUUUAUGUCUGUGAGUGAUAUAUAUUAUUGAGAAUGUUGAAGUUCAAAUACGUGAGCCAGGGAGGCCUUAAAACGAUGCCCACCUCCGCCGACGCUAUCACCAUCCGCAGCUCGAGACUCAAUCAGCUGUUUCAGGGUCGAAUCAGCCUGAAUGGGCAGCAACCAGGAUGCCUCUUGGGUCGGGAGGAGUUUGUGGACUCUCUGUUGUUACUGUACCAAGAGUGCAAAUCCCCAGAGUUGAUGAAGAUACACCAUGUGGCCAACUUUGUUAACAAGUUUUCUGAGGUGGUCUCUGAGCUUCGGGCCUUGCAGCCGGGCCUUCAUGACUUUGAGGUGUGCGCUGCGGUGGGUCACGGUCGCUUUGGCAAGGUUCAAGUUGUACGGGAGAAGGCAACAGGGGAUAUUUAUGCUCUGAAAGUCAUGGAAAAGACAGUUUUACAUGCUCAGGAAAAUGUGGUUUUUCAUGAAGAGGAGCGGAGAAUUCUGUCUUUGAACUGCAGUCCCUGGAUCCCACAGCUCUUCUGUGCUUUCCAGGAUGACGAACAUGUCUAUUUGGCAAUGGAAUACUUGCCAGGCGGCGACCUCCUGUCCCUGCUCAACCGAUACGAGGAGCAGUUUGACGAGUCCAUGGCUCAGUUCUAUCUGGCUGAGCUGGUGGAGGCCAUUCACACUGUCCACCAGCUGGGCUAUGUCCACAGAGAUGUCAAGCCCGAAAAUGUCGUCAUCGAUCGGACUGGUCACAUUAAACUGGCAGAUUUUGGAUCAGCUGCCAAGCUCACAGCUAAUAAAAUGGUGGCUACUCCCACAGUGCCCAUGGGAACCCAAGACUUCCUCUCCCCUGAGGUCUUGGAGGCCAUGAAUGGGGGCCAUCACAACACCUACGGUGUGGAGUGUGACUGGUGGUCCCUUGGGGUCAUUGCCUAUGACAUGAUCUAUUCCAAGCUGCCUUUCUCUGGUGGCACUUCAACACGGACCAUCCACAACAUCCUCAACUUCCAGCAUUAUCUAAAGAUUCCAGAAGAGCCGCGCGCCAGUAAACAGUUUGUCGACCUGGUGCUCAGUUUGCUGUGCGGAGCUAAAGAACGUCUGGGAUUCCAAGGACUCAGAUGCCACUCGUUUUUUUCCAGAGUGGACUGGAACAAUUUACGACAAGCUGUCCCACCUUUUGUUCCUGCGUUGCACGCUGAAGAUGACACCUCUAAUUUUGAGGAGCCGGCGCAGGCAGCCCCCCGGCCAGCCUCAGCAUCCAAGCGAGGAGCUCCCCCUGUGGGCUUCCAGGGCAAGGAUCUCCCCUUUCUAGGAUGGUUCUUCAGCAGAGCACUGACAACGUUGGCCAAAUCUGAGGUAGUGUCUGCAGGCCUCAACUCUCCUGCUAAGACCAACUCCAUGGAAAAGAAGCUCCACCUUAAAAGCAAGGAAUUACAAGAAACCCAAGACAAAUGUCACAAGAUGGAGCAGGAGAUCUCCAGGUUCCAACGCAAAAUGACUGAUCUCGAGUCAGUGCUACACCAGAAAGAUGUGGAGCUGAAGGCCUCUGAGACUCAGAGGAGCAUCCUCGAGCAAGACCUCGCCACCUACAUUACGGAGUGCAGCAGCCUAAAGCGGAGCCUCGAGGAGGCGCGCGUGGAAGUCUCCAGAGAAGAUGACAAAGCAAUGCAGCUGCUGCACGACAUCCGUGAGCAGAGCAACAAGCUGCAGGAAAUUAAAGAGCAAGAGUACCAUGCCCAGCUGGAGGAGAUGCAAGUGACCAUCAGGCAGCUGGAGGAGGACCUGUCCGCUGCGCGCCGCCGCAGUGACCUCUACGAAUCGGAACUUAGAGACUCAAGACAAACCAGCGAGGACCUCAAACGGAAGGCUGUGGAGUACCAGCAGAGGAUUCAGAAGGCUAAAGAGCAAGGUAGAGCAGAGGUAGAGGAGCUUCUCUCCAAACUGGAAAAGACAAAUGCUGAGCAGCAGGUGAAAAUCCAAGAGCUCCAGGACAAACUGUCAAAGGCGGUGAAAGCGAGCACAGAAGCCACCGAACUGCUGCAGAAUGUCAGACAGGCCAAAGAACGGUUGGAACGAGACCUGGAGCGCUUGCGAGGAAAAAGCGACUCGAGUGACACGCUCAAACGACGUCUGAGAGAGACAGAGCAGGAGGGCAGGAAGACCCUGGAGAACCAGGUAAAGAGGCUGGAGAUGGUUGAGCGCCGGGAGAAUAAGCUGAAAGAUGACAUUCAGACCAAAUCCCAGCAGAUCCAGCAGAUGGCUGAAAAGAUCCUGGAACUGGAGGACCACCUGAGGGAUGCACAGUCGACGGCACAAAGGAUGGAAACUCAGCUUAUCCAAAAGGAGAGGCUUUAUGAGGACAAAAUUAAGGUUCUGGAAGCCCAAAUGAAGGUGGACCUAGCCGACAAGGAGAGCCUAGAAGCCAGGAGAGCGCAGCAAGAGGAGGAGUCAAGAGAGAACAGCAAACUUCUCAGCGAGCAGAAAGCAACCAUUAACGCCAUGGAUUCAAAGAUGAAGAACCUGGAGCAGCGCAUCGCUGAGCUGUCAGAGGCUAACAAGCUGGCUGCUAACAGCAGCAUCUACACCCAGAAGAAUAUGAAAGCCCAGGAGGAGAUGAUCUCAGAGCUGCGACAGCAAAAGUUCUAUUUGGAGUCUCAGGCUGGCAAGCUGGAGGCUCAGAAUGCCAAACUGGAGGAACAUCUCGAGAAAAUCAGUCAGCAGGAGCAGACCAAGAGGACCCGUCUACUGGAGCUGGAGAGUAGGCUACGGGAGAUGGGCUUAGAACAUGAAGAGGAAAAGCUGGAGAUCAAGAGACAGGUGUCAGAGUUGACUCUCUCUCUGCAAGAGCGCGAGUCCCAGAUAAGCAGCCUACAGGCAGCUCGUCUUGCCUUGGAGAGCCAGCUGCAGCAAGCAAAGACUGAGUUGGAGGAAACCACUGCUGAGGCUGAGGAGGAGAUCACCGCCUUGAGGAAUCACAGAGAUGAAAUUCAACAGAAGUUUGAUGCGCUCAGAGACAGCUGUUCAGUGAUCACCGACCUGGAGGAGCAACUUACCCAGCUGAGUCAGGAGAAUGCCGAGUUGAACCGCCAGAACUUCUACCUGUCCAAGCAAUUGGAUGAAGCAUCAGAUGAGAGGGAGGACCAACUGCAGCUGAGCCAAGAGGUGGACCGGCUCAGGAGAGAGGUGGCAGACCGUGAGAUGCAUCUCAACAAUCAAAAACAAAACAUUGAGACACUGAAGACGACAUGUAGCAUGUUGGAGGAGCAAGUGGUGGAGCUCGAGUCCCUGAAUGACGAGCUGCUGGAGAAGGAGCGGCAGUGGGAGGCUUGGAGAGGUGCCCUGGAGGAUGAAAAGAGCCAGGCCGAAAGACGCACCAGGGAACUGCAGAGACUGCUGGAUAAUGAAAAACAAAACAGGUUACGGGCCGACCAGCGCAGUACAGAAUCCCGCCAGGCGGUCGAACUAGCUGUCAAAGAGCACAAGGCUGAGAUAUUGGCACUGCAGCAGGCCUUGAAGGAGCAGAGACUCAAAGCUGAAAGUCUGUCAGAUACCCUCAAUGACCUGGAGAAGAAGCAUGCCAUGUUGGAGAUGAACGCUCGCAGCUUGCAGCAGAAAUUGGAAACUGAGAGGGAGUUGAAACAGAGGCUGAUGGAAGAGCAAGGGAAGCUGCAGCAGCAGAUGGAUCUCCAAAAGAGCCACAUUUUCCGUCUGACCCAGGGUCUACAGGAUGCACUAGACCAGACCGAUAUGCUCAAGACUGAGAGGACCGAUUUGGAAUACCAGCUGGAGAAUAUACAGGCUGUAUAUUCCCAUGAGAAGGUGAAGAUGGAGGGCACCAUCUCACAGCAGACCAAACUCAUUGACUUCCUCCAGGCCAAAAUGGACCAGCCCUCCAAGAAAAAGAAGCAGGGUAUUUUUGGUCGACGGCGUGAAGAUGUAGGCACUACAACUAAUGGGGCAUUGACUCCUCAACCCCAGCCGGCAGUUCCCUUGCAGUACAGCGACAUGAAGCUUGCUUUAGAGAAGGAGCGCUCAAGGUGUGGAGAGCUGGAAGAGGCUCUUCAGAAGAUGAGAAUAGAGCUACGAUCCCUAAGAGAAGAGGCCGCUCAUUUCAAAGCGCAGGAUCACAUGGCUACUUCCACGCCAGCCCAGGCUCGCCAUCAAAUCCUCAUGUCGGCCAUUGUCAAGUCCCCAGAACAUCAACCCAACCCUUGUGGGCUGCUUAACCCUUCAACCCGCUCAAAGGAGACGUCCACGCCUGAAGAAAAGAGGAGGGUCACCUUUGAAAAGUUUGGUCGUCGCGUGAAGGAGCGAAUGCACCACAACAUUCCCCAUCGCUUCACUGUGGGUCUCAACAUGAGGGCUGCCAAAUGUGCCGUCUGCUUGGACACUGUGCAUUUUGGACGCCAGGCUGCCACUUGUCUGGAGUGCCACACUCUUUGCCAUCCCAAAUGCUCACCAUGCCUUCCAGCCACUUGUGGCCUGCCAGCUGAAUAUGCCACCCACUUCUCUGAGGCUUUAUGUCGAGAGAAAGCAAGUUCCCCUGGACUACAGGUUAAGGAAGCUAGUGGACAUGUUCGCUUGGAGGGAUGGAUGAAGCAGCCAAGAAAUGGCAAGCGUGGUCAGCAGGGCUGGGAGACGAAAUAUGUGGUUCUUGAUGGAACCAAAAUAUCAAUCUACGACACGGAGCCAAGAGAAGACUGUGUCAAUGCGGAGGAAGAGUUUGAGCUUUGUCUUCCUGAUGGAGAGGUAACUGUUCAUGGAGCUGUUGGAGCCUCUGAGCUCAUCAACACUGCAAAGUCAGACAUCCCAUACAUUCUGAAGCUGGAGUCACACCCCCACACCACUUGUUGGCCAGGCCAGUCUCUCUACUUCAUGGCUCCCAGUUUCCCGGACAAACAGCGCUGGGUGGCUGUACUGGAGUCUGUGGUGGCUGGUAGCCGUGGCUCUAAAGACAAAGGGGAUUCAGACGCCGCAGGUGUUUCUAAAAGACAGAAGAACCUGUCACCCCUGGUUCAGAAACUUCUGGGCAACUCUUUACUGAAGCUGGAGGGCGACGACCGCCUGGACAUCAAUUGCACUCUGCCUCUCACUGACCAGAUUGUGCUGGUCGGCUCUGAGGAAGGAUUGUAUGCGCUGAACGUCAUAAAGAACUCCUUAACCCACAUUCCGGGCCUGACCGCCGUAUUCCAGAUUCAGAUCCUGAGGGAGCUCGACAAGCUGUUGAUGAUCACUGGAGAGGAUCGGGCCCUGUGUUUGGUGGAGAUCAAGAAGGUGAAACAGUCUUUAUCACAAUCCCAUCUCCCAGCUCCACCUGACCUCAACCCCUUCAUCUUCGAGACAGUGAAAGGGUGCCAUCUAUUCUCCUCUGGAAAGAUUGACAAUGGGAUCUGUAUCUGUGCUGCUAUGCCCAAUAAGAUUACAAUUCUGCGACUUAAUGAAAGCCUCAACAAGUUCUGUAUCAGAAAGGAAAUUGAGACCUCAGAGCCUUGCAGCUGUAUCCACUUCACUGGCUACAGUAUUAUCAUUGGCACCAACAAAUUCUAUGAAAUUGAAAUGAAGCAGUACGUGCUAGAAGAGUUCCUGGAUAAAAACGACGUGACGUUAGCCUCUGCUGUGUUUGCCGCAUCCUCCCACAGCUUCCCCAUCUCCAUCAUUCAGGUCACCACGGCUCCUCAGAAGGAGGAAUACCUGCUCUGUUUCCAUGAGUUUGGCGUGUUUGUGGACGCAUACGGCCGCAGGAGUCGGACUGAUGAUAUCAAGUGGAGCCGCCUGCCUCUGUCAUUUGCCUACAGAGAGCCAUACCUUUUUGUGACCUACUUCAACUCUCUGGAUGUGAUUGAGAUCCAGGGACAUUCUGCUUUAGGGUCCCACUCAUACGCUCACCUGGACAUCCCAAACCCACGUUACCUUGGCCCAGCCAUCUCCUCCGGCGCCAUUUACUUGGCGUCAUCAUAUCAGAACAAAUUGAGAGUAAUUUGCUGUAAGGGCAACUUGAUUCAGAACCAGGAUGGCGGAGGAGACUUGCAACAUUGCGGCUCCGGACGCAGCCCAAACAAACGCGGGCCUCCUUCCUACAACGAGCACAUCUCCAAAAGGCUGGCAGGCAACCCCCUUGUCCACGGGGAGCCUGGCACACCCCACCGCUACCGAGAGGCCCGCACCGAGUUUCGGCGUGACAAGUCCCCCAGCCGUCCUCUGGAGAGAGAAAAGUCUCCCGGCAGGAUGCUGGAGAACCGGAUCAUCGCAUCUCCCGGCAGAGCCAUGGCCGACCCUCGAUUAGAGCGCUCCCCGGCAAGGGCCAUGGCCGACCCCCGAAUGGAGCGCUCCCCGGGGCGCGUGAUGGAUGUGCGCAGGGAGAGGUCACCGGGUCGAUUCGAGGAGCGCCAGAGGCUUCAUACUGGUUCUGGACGUACGCCCAUCAACCCCGUUGCCAAGGUAUGGGACCAGUCGUCUGUUUAGGAGCCUCUUCUCCGACAGCGAGGAGGUCCUUCUUCGGGAAAGGCAGAAGAGGACCAAAUCGGAGAGAAUGUCACCAAGUCACAAGGAACCACUGCCACGCAUUUGUUUUGAUUGGCAUCCAAGUAGGCAACCCCACCCAAAAAACAACAAAUAGCUUUCGGAAAUAAGUGGCCAUUGUUCGGGGAAUAAACCGAUAUCCUAAAUGCCAUCUGAACAACUUUUCAAGCAGGGUGUUUUUACUGUGUUUUGGGGUAGCUCUCCCUUUCAGUUCAAUGACGUUUAAAAGAAAAGAAACUAAACUUAAUGCAAUUAUGCUCGAAAAGCUCAGCUGUAGCAAUGCAAACUCUCACGUGGAUUGCCGAAAUAUUAACAGAACCAGUUACAGGUCGAAAGAAGAAAAAAAAAAACACACACGGGCUCUGUCACGGCCUACGUAGCAUUUAGUUUUUCGGAGCAUCUGCGACUGUCAACACACAAUCAUUAAGAGCUACUUACAAUCAUUCACUACUAAAUUUCUGUUUGACUUCACCAUAUUGGUACUGGUUAGUGAAUCCGUGUAUUUAAAAAAAACAAACAAACAAAAAAAAAAUCUGAACUAAGUCAAUAAAGCCGCAAAGCAGAGGCUUGUCUUCCUGGAGAUAGGUGAGAAUUAAAAAAAAAAAGUGCACUAGCCGCAAUGCCGUGCAGCAGGACCUUUCUAAUCCUUCAGAAUGCUAUCUGACUGUAAAUAGACAAGACAUAAUUUUCUAUACAUAUAUAUAAAUAUAUAUUGAGAAGGAAUUUCAAGGCUGGAUAAGCCAUGUCUAUUUUUGUUAAAGGAAAAAAGUGAUAACAUGUUCUCUUGAAUGUCUAAUGAGUAUUCUUUUAAUAUGUGCAAAUGUCUCUAAAAGUGAGUGAUUGCAUUCUGGCUCUGACUAGUGUAGUGCCUCCAUUUGUCAAUGGGAAGCCUCCAUUACAAAAAAAAAAAAGAAGGAGAUGAAAGCAGCAUUGUUUGACUUUCCCAUCCCGUCGAUAAAAUCCAAAUUAGUGAAAGUAGUGGCUGAAAAUAAUUUGGUUCACCCUAGUUUGGAAUCAACUAGUGUAUUUUCCUCUGCUUCUGCCUCGUUUGGUUUCUGUUUAAAUUCCACCAUUCAGCAAAUGACGAGGGGAAAAAAAACACCUUUUCACAUUCUGAGUUCUGUGUUUUUAAAGGCAGUCCUGAUUGUGUAAAAUGCCAGUAUAGCACUCAAAUGAAAUCGAUUUUGGAUUCUUUGUUGUGCUUCGUUUUGAUUUGUGUAAAUCCUAAUGUGACCUGUGACAUAAGUUACAUUGUGUUGACACAAAAUAGAUGCUGUAUUUGAUGUGUUUUGACAAGAGUCAAUCACUGAACAUGAAGACUUCUCAACUUCAUGACGCUUUGAUAGUUUUCAAUGUACAAGCUUCCUUGAAUGUAUUGAAGUUGAUCCAUUUGGUCGAAAAGGUUUUUUUAAGCAAUUAAUGAAACCAAAUGCACACAUUUCCUGCUGAUCAGAAUACAGUGAAGCUCCGUUAUAUACGUGGGAUUGGUCAGAGCCCUGCCAGGCGUAACAAAUGUACACAACAGACACCCCAACCUCCUCCUAAAAAAACAGGACUUACAUGUAAAUGAAACUCCUCAACUCUCCUCAACUGCAACAUAGUUCCGUGAUGACCCCCAAAGCAAUACUUUUAUCGCAUCACUACUGCUAUUGCUAUGGCCUGAGUACCGAAACGAAUAAUGAAGUGAAUUCCCAAAUGCAGGACGUCCGGGUUUUCACUGUUUAAAAACCAAUUGUUUAGCCAUCCUUGUUUUAUUUUGAUACUUUUAAGUUGUACAUUUCAUUUAACUGCUUCGAUGCUGGAUAUGAUAUCGAUGUUUGCUAACAACCAAUGUUUUAUUCCAGUUCCCCUGUGCAGAUUUGGUCACACAAUAUUAAAUAUAUCUAUUGACUUUGAA